AUGAAGUUUGCCAUCAUUGCCGCUCUUGUCGGCUUUGCCCUCGCUGCCCCCGCGGGCGACGUCGCCAGCAAGCGCGACAGUAUCGGCGGUGACCCCAUUGGCGGUGACCCUACCGGCGGCGAUGUCGUCAACGGUGUCCUCGGCAGCGGAGGCAGUGUCACUCCCGGCGCCAUCAACAGCGGUGGCUUCCCUGGCGGCCUCGGCAACGCCGGUGACCAUGUCGACACUACGGGCGGCAACUCGGGCGACAGCGUCAAGGAAUCCGGCAACGUCGGCAGCCUUCUCGACAACGUGAUCAAGGGCAGCCUAGACGAUUAA